GUCUGUCAGCUUUUAUUUCUUUGUUUUUUUUUUUGUUUUUGUUUUUUUGCACCAUCACAGUCAUGAGCAAGGAGCCGCAUUUCAUCUUUUACGCCCGAGCUUCCUCAGUUGUGAUGGAAAGGAAGCACUGAUUUGAGGGAAUAUAUGUCCUUGAUGUCAUGACAUAAAGGAUGUGGUGAAUCCAAGAUGGAGAAAAAGAAAAUCUGCCCUCGCCUCCUUGACUACUUGGUGGUAGUCGGAGCAAGACAACCAAGUAGCGACAGUGUGGCCCAGACCCCACAACUCCUUCGCCGCUACCCGCUGGUGGACCACCACGACUUCCCGCUCCCACCAGAUGUCGUAUUCUUCUGCCAGCCAGAGGGCUGCCUGAGCAUACGCCAGCGCCGCGUUAGCCUGCGCGAUGACUCCUCAUUUGUUUUCACACUGACCGACAAGGACUCUGGAAUCACUCGCUAUGGAAUAUGCGUGAACUUCUACCGGUCCUUUCAGCGAGGGCAUCAUCGUAGCCGUAGCGACAAAAGCAUUCCCGCUGAGAUGGCAGUACAGGGCGCGGAGAGCGUGAGUGAGGGUUCUGAUGGCAGCGGCGGAGGCCCAUCCACUUUAUUAUCACCACCUCUGAACGGUGAGGCACCACCCUCGCCUGUGUCUGGAGAAGACACUGGGCAAGCGGGAGUGGAGUUUAAUGCCAACAAGUCACCCGAGCAUAAACGAAGAACGGCCAAGACGACAGCCAGGAACCGCAACAGCACGUUAACGUCACUGUGCAUACUCAGCCACUACCCUUUCUUCUCCACGUUUAGAGAGUGUCUGUAUAUUCUCAAGAGGCUGGUAGACUGUUGCAGUCAAAGGCUAACCCAGCGUGCCGGGCUGCCCCGCGCCACCCAGAGAGACACCAUGUGGCGGGUUUUCACCGGAGCACUGUCAGUGGAGGAGAAAGGCAGCCAGCUGUUGGCCGACCUGCGGGAGAUUGAGUCUUGGGUGUACCGGUUGCUGCGGUCUCCAGUACCACUGGCAGGUCAGAGACGUGUGGACGUGGAAGUGUUGCCUCCUGAGCUCAAGCAUUCGCUUACCUUUGCCCUGCCCGACAACUCCCGCUUCUCCAUGGUGGACUUCCCCCUGCACCUGCCUUUGGAGUUACUGGGUGUGGAUGCCUGUCUCCAGGUCCUCAGCUGUGUCUUGUUGGAGCAUAAGGUCAUUCUUCAGUCUCGUGAUUACAAUGCUCUUUCUAUGAGUGUCAUGGCAUUUGUGGCCAUGAUCUACCCCCUGGACUACAUGUUCCCCGUCAUCCCCUUAUUGCCAACAUGCAUGACCUCUGCUGAACAGCUGCUCCUUGCCCCCACACCCUACCUGAUAGGUGUACCAGCGAGCUUCUUCCUUUACAAAUCUGAUUUCAAAAUGCCGGAUGAUGUGUGGCUUGUGGAUCUGGACAGUAGCAAGGUUAUCGCUCCCACCAACGCGGAGAUUCUGCCACCUCUUCCUGAGCCUGAGGCAGGCGAACUUAAGAAACACCUGAAGCAGGCGUUGGCCAGUAUGAGUUUGAACACCCAACCCAUUCUGAACCUGGAGAAGUUCCAGGAAGGUCAGGAGGUGCCCCAACUUCAUCCUGCGAGAGAGAAAGCUUCACCAUCAUCUACAGAGUUCAAUCCCCUCAUUUAUGGCAAUGACAUUGACUCUGUGGAUGUAGCCACCAGAGUUGCCAUGGUGAGGUUCUUCAACUCCCCAAAUGUUCUUCAGGGAUUCCAGAUGCACACUCGCACCUUGCGCCUCUUCCCCCGGCCUGUGGUGGCUUUUCAGUCAACGUCUUUUCUUGCAUCUCGUCCGCGGCGCUCUGGCUUUGCAGAUAAACUUUCUCACACCCAGGCAGUAGAGUUUUAUGGCGAAUGGGCUCUAAAUCCCACCAACCUGGCCUUUCAAAGGAUACAUAACAAUGUGUUUGACCCCUCAUUAAUUGGGGAUAAACAAUGGUAUGCCCACCAGCUACAGCCAGUAGUUUACCGGGUGUACGAUGGAAGCUCUCAGCUGGUUGAGGCUAUGGCUGGACCCUUAGAGGAUGAAGGCAAUGAAUCUGACCCCACAGAUAGUGGUAGUGACAGCGAAGCAUAUGAUGACUCCAGCUCUUCUUAUUCUUCACUUGGUGACCUUGUGAGUGAGAUGAUUCAAGGAGACAUCCAGGGAGACACACCCAGUUUGGACCCGCCUACCCAUGCUGCACUGGGAGAUGCAAGUGAGGUUGAGUUUCAAGACUUCCAGGACCUCAGGGAUGGUCACAGCUUGGAUGGCCAGUCCAUUGUGGAUGGGCACCCUGAACCUUCUGAUGGACAGCCUCUUCGCUCAAGCUCCAGCACGACUGCAAGCUCGAGUCCCAGCACAAUCGUCCAGGGAGUCAACAACGAUCAAGUGGAGUCAAUUGAGAUCGAGGCAUCAGCUAGUGUCCCCUUACCCAACUCUGUGCCAGUGAUGAGCCAGCCGUUCCUCAGACCGACUACUGAAGUCAUCCAGCUGGACUCAGCCAACAAAAAGCAAGAGUAUGACAACCCAUACUUUGAGCCUCAGUAUGGCUUCCCCUCUGAAGACGAUCCUGAUGCCGAAGGGCAAGUGGAGUCUUACACCCCUCGAUUCCACCAGAACCUCAAUGGCAACAAGGUGCUGCGUCCUUUACGUCCCAGUAGUCUGAGACUCCCUGGGGAAUCUGACGGGGAGGGGGACUCCCACAGCAACUCCCCCAACUCCACCAUUACCAACAACAGUAACGAUGGAUUCGGAGGUCUAAUGUCCUUUGCAAGCAAUCUGUACAAGAACCACGGCACCAGUUUUAGUCUGUCCAACCUUGCUCUUCCCAACAAAGCAGCACGGGAGAAAUCAACGCCUUUCCCAAGUCUAAAGGGUGCACGUGCACCCAGAGCUCUUGUGGACCAGAAGUCUUCUGUAAUAAAACAUAGUCCAACAGUGAAACGGGAGUCACCUUCACUGCAAGGUCGCGUCAACAAUACAAGUGAGAACCAGCAGUUCCUGAAAGAGGUGGUGCAGAGCGUUCUGGACGGCCAGGGAGUCGGUUGGCUCAACAUGAAGAAAGUGCGCCGCCUGCUGGAGAACGAGCAGCUUCGCGUCUUUGUUCUGAGUAAGCUAAACAGAGCCAUCCAGUCGGAGGAAGACGCCAGACAGGAGAUCAUACGUGACGUGGAAGUGAACAGAAAGGUGUACAAGGGCAUGUUGGACAUCUUGAAGUGCACAGUUUCCAGCCUGGAGCACUCUUACACAAAUGCAGGUCUUGGAGGAAUGGCCAGCGUCUUUAGCUUACUGGAAAUAGCACGCACACAUUAUCAAACCAAAGACCCGGAAAAACGCAAGCGAAGCCCCACAGACAGUGCUGGCAGCCCAGGAAGUAAGGAGAGUCCUUCCGGUCAUAUGGAGACGGCCAGACCUCAGGGCCUUCUGAAUGUUCCUCACCUGCAGUUGCCACACCACACAGCAGGCAAAGGAGCUCGGCAUUUUGACAGCCGGAGUCUGAACGAGGAGAACUUUAUUGCCUCGAUUGAAUUGUGGAGCAAGCACCAGGAUAAGCAAAAAGCUAUGGAAAAACCACAGAGGUCUGAAGGCGCAAAGCAGCAGCGUGCACAGAUAACUGAUGCUGAGGAGAAGAAAUCACAGAUUAGCGCUGAUAGCGGUCUCAGUGUCACUUCUGGAUCCCAGAAGAGUGACACAGAGUCUGUAACCAGCUCGGAGCCACCGAUCCUGACCAGAAGCACCAGCCAGGACUCUGAGGCUAGCACAGUGAUCAGCAACAGUUCUGGGGAGACACUCGGUGCAGACAGUGACCUCAGCAGCACAGCAGGAGACGGUCUGGGCGGGCGACCUGCACCUCACUUAACUCAGUCUCGAGGGACUCUUUCAGAUAGUGAGAUCGAAACCAAUCCAGCCACCAGCUCUGUGUUUGGAAAGACUCAUACACUGAAACCAGGUGCUAAAGAACAUGUGGCAGUUUUGGCAAAGGGUCCACCUGCCCCCCCUGUGGAAGAUAUCAGCAUGAGGCUUUACCUUUGUGAAGGCCUGCUGGGCCGUGAUAAGAGCUCCGUUUGGGAUCAGCUGGAAGAUGCUGCCAUGGAAACCUUUUCUCUAAGUAAGGAGCGCUCCACUCUGUGGGACCAGGUCCAGUUCUGGGAGGACGCUUUCUUGGACGCAGUGAUGCUGGAGCGCGAGGGCAUGGGGAUGGACCAGGGACCGCAGGAGAUGAUUGAAAGAUACUUGUCGCUGGGAGAUCACGACCGGAAGCGCCUGGAGGACGACGAGGACAGGCUUCUGGCCACUCUGCUGCACAAUAUGAUUGCCUACAUGCUGAUGAUGAAAGUGAACAAAAAUGACAUCCGUAAGAAAGUGAGACGUUUGAUGGGAAAGUCCCACAUUGGCCUCACGUACAGCCAAGAGAUCAACGAGAUUCUGGACAAACUGGCCCAAAUGAACGGCCGCGAGCUCUCCAUCAGACCCAGUGGAAGUCGUCACAUUAAGAAGCAGACAUUCGUUGUUCAUGCCGGUACUGACACCACAGGAGACAUUUUUUUCAUGGAGGUAUGUGACGACUGCAUCGUGCUACGCAGCAACAUCGGCAUGGUUUAUGAGCGCUGGUGGUACGAGAAGCUCAUCAACAUGACUUACUGCCCCAAGACCAAAGUGCUAUGUCUCUGGAGACGCAACGGACAAGAGACACAGCUCAACAAAUUCUACACCAAAAAGUGUCGUGAACUCUACUACUGUGUUAAAGACAGUAUGGAAAGAGCUGCAGCUCGACAGCAAAGCAUUAAACCAGGUCCAGAGCUGGGCGGAGAGUUCCCCGUGCAGGACAUGAAAUCCGGCGAAGGGGGACUUCUGCAGGUCACACUGGAAGGAAUUAACCUGAAGUUCAUGCACAGCCAGGAGCGGAAGGUUUUCAUAGAGCUGAGUCACAUUAAAAAGUGCAAUACAGUGAAAGGAGUCUUUGUCCUGGAGGAAUUUGUUCCUGAAACUAAAGAAGUGGUGAUCCACAAGUACAAGACCCCCAUGGCUCAUCAGAUCUGUUACUCUGUCCUCUGCCUUUUUUCCUACGUGGCAGCAGUGAAGGGGAAGGAAGCUGAAGGCAAACCCAAAAUUCUGUCACCGAGACCCCUCCUGAGCUAGUCGACACCUUUCCUAACCCCCCUGCCCCCACCCGGGUUCAGACUGCCUCCUUGGUCAAAAUGGUAUCUCUCUUCUGCAGUCACAAACUGCUGACAAUCUGUUGAUUCUAAGCACACGCGCUCCUGUCUGUCCAGCAGCUAAAGAAAAAAAACAAACAAAAAACCCCAAAAACAAACAAACAAAGCCGCUUUAGUCGCCGCUGUGUAGACGUGUUUGACCCCGCCCCCGUGGUGUGCUGUAAAUGGUUCCAGACUCUCGUCGAUGUCGUCCUAAUGACCAGCUAGAUGUUUGCCUGCUCUUUAACUCCUGACGGGACACGUGAGGGCCGGUGUCGAGGCGCUGAGUGCAUGCAGGUCCCGUGCACAGCCUGGAUAUUCAGCUUCCCGUCCGUACGACCAUGAGUUACUCUGUGCUUCGUGCUUAGCAUCAUGUUGUGUCUGUUUAAACUGACGGCACAAUCAACCCCCCUGUGCAGGACGCCUCCUACUGAAAAUCCCGCUACACCGGCACACCGCUUUUACGUACUUCUCCAUAACUCUAAAACACGUUUGAAGGCUGAAUUACUGUUCUAGUUCUGCUGUAAAAUGUCUUGUCUGUGGUCUGCUGUUAUCAGUCGCAUGUUACUAUAACAAAAUAAAUAUUAUAUAUUUCUAUAUAUAGUAUUUAUUUAAUAUAUACAUAUUUGCUGUACAUUUCUCUGAAAAAUAUACAAACUGUUGACUUGUUAGAUGUGCAAUAUGAAAUAGCCAUCGUCAGAGCCAAGUUUCCACACGUUAACUGGCGUUAACGGG